AUGGUGGAGGUGCUGGAAGACGUGAUGGAGGAGCAGGAUGAACUGGUCCCCAACCCGUUCUACCCGGCCCCCGUGGUCACCCCUCCCGAUGUGACCGUCGAGAUGGAGGAGGAGGCCGUGCUGGCUGCUGAAGCAGAGGAGGCCGAUGAGGAGGCAGUACCUGCUAAGUCAGACUCGAGUGAGUCCGACGAUGGAAACGCGAACGAAGCUGACGACUGGAGCGACGAAGGGGAUGAAUGGUGA